AUAAGCAACAGCAAAAGCAUAAAAAGCGCGUUUAUAAAAUAUUUCCUUUUUUCCCUCUUCUUCUUCUUUCUCUGUCUACGUAAAAACAAUAAUGGAAUGUUUACCUAUUGAAUUAUUUCUUCGAUGUAUUGCUCAACUUUCUAUAAAUGAUAAACUUAAUUGUUUAACUGUAAACAAGUCAUGGUUUAACAACAUUCGAAAGUUUGGAAAACUUUAUGAAAAAGUUUGGAUUUAUGAUCAAAACAAAUUCAAUGACAUGUGUACGUUUUUUCAAAGAUAUAGAGAGUUGGCGCAAAGUGUAGAAUCCUUGACUUUGAUAGAAAUUGGCUUGAAUGCUUCCAGAUUACUUACAUUACCUUCUCUUUUUCCUAACAUUACUGAGUUUAGCUUUAUUCAACAAGAGUUUCCUAUUCAUAAGUGGAACAACGAAGAAAUUCAAAGGGAAUUUUUAACUUGGAGUCCUAAAUUAAAAUUUGUUCAGGAACUAGGUACACCCAUUAUUACACCCGCACUCUUUGAAGCUACAAAGAACAAAUUACCUGAACUUGUCAGUCUUCACCUGAGUUUUUUGGGGUAUGAAGAUGAAGAACUUAAGCUCAAAUUUGUAUCCUAUCUUGACAAAGCUCCACAACUGACUGUACUUCGAAUGCAAUGGUUAAAUAUUGCUGUGGAACAUAUACAAGUACUUCACUCUAAAGCGCCUCACUUAAAAGCGCUUUCAUUUGAUAAUUGUGGAUUUAUUCCUCAUACACGACAAUUGAAGAUUUUGAACGAUCCCGUUGAAAGCCUAGAGACUUUAUCGAUUGAAAAUUGUACCUUUUCAUUAAAGGAAGACAACUGGAUUGAUUAUUUUGCUAAACAUUAUAAAAAUUUAAAAAAUAUUAUCAUGACUUAUUGUGAAGAUGAUAACGAUUUCACAGACAGCUAUUGGACACAACGGGAUUUACGCUUCAAGGAACUAAUGAUACAAUGCCCUAAAUUGGAAUAUAUUCACAUUCAUGCCUUUGAAGUGCCAGAGGAGAUGUUUAUGGCUAUGGAUGAAAGUGGACUUCAACUGAAGAAAAUCAAUUUAGGCAUAUACAAUCCUUAUCGCGAUUUUACAUGGUUAUUAAAGACAACACAAAUUCAGACAAUUGAGUCAUUAUCAUUAUCGGGUGUGUCAUGGUCAAGCCUCAUCUUUUUAGAUAAACAAGAUGGAUUUUUAAAAAAAUUAGCCAUGUUCCCUAACCUAAAGCAUUUAAGGAUUAAUCAAUCAAGGGAAGAAGUUGACUCUCCCGAGAGUAAUCAUUUAGAUCUGGAUUCUCUUUUGAAUGCUUUAAAGAACUUGGAAUCACUUGCAGUAGAUUUUACCACAAUUAGAUAUCAUCAAAGACAAGAGACGCCUUACGAUACAAAAUUGAAAAAGUUAGUCUUGGAAGAAUGUUAUGUAGAAUCUCCUUUAUUUACAGACAAUGAAGAAGCAUUAAGAUAUUUACAAGACACUUUAUUACCCAAAACAGAAUUUGUUUUAAGAGAGUUAGAUGAUGAAAGCCCAAAUGAAGAAUAUAGAGAUUUAUUUGAAUAUAGUUAUUAUUUAAUAACUGUAUUUUCCUUGACUAUCAAACUGAUAAGUAGAUCCAGAGCAAAGACGACCUUUAGGGAAAGUUAAAGUAGCCACACUCACUCUAUUUUGCACGAUCAACAAAAGUAAUCAUAAUAGUAAAUAACAAUAAAAAUGAGUUUAUAUAGGUUGAAGUUAUUUUCAUCUUUUUGUAUAUGAGAG